AUGCCUGAUCCGACUCUACCACCAAGCGCUCUGCGCGACCUCAUGGCCAAAUACCCCGGCGAAACCUACGUCAAGGGCUGGGCCGAACUAUGGAACAACAAGCAAGAAAACGAAACGCUACCCUGGGACCGGGGUUGUCACAGCAUCGCUCUAGAAGAUAUUCUGAUGAGAUGGAAGGAAUCCGGGGAAGGAGUCUAUGCGCAAAAGCCUGCAGGACGGCGUAGACGAGCUCUGGUCCCAGGAUGUGGCACGGGUUAUGACGUUCUGCUUCUGGCUAGUUUUGGGUUUGAUGUGUAUGGGCUUGAUUAUAGCCGUACGGCUGUUGAGUAUGCGAAGGCAUAUGCAACUGCGAAUACUGACAAGUACCCCGUCAAAGAUGCCGAGGUUGGGCGGGGGAAAGUAGUCUACGUUGAAGGCGAUUAUUUCAAGGAUGACUGGUUGGAGGACCUCGGGCUUCCGGAGGGCUCAUUUGAUCUUAUAUAUGACUAUACUUUUUUCUGCGCUCUGCAACCAUGGCUACGACCACAAUGGGCUCUGAGACAUAGUCAACUGCUUGCACCCGCACCGACUGGUUCUCUGAUUUGUCUUGAAUGGCCGCGACUCAAAGAUCCGAAAUUGCUGGGACCACCUUUUGCAUCGCCGUCGUCUGCAUACUUUGAGCAUUUGAGUCAUCCAGGUGAAGAAAUUGCUUAUGACUCGGAUGGCAAUGUUAUAGUUGAUCCCUCACGGAAACCGAGCCCUUCGGGACUUGUGCGAGCCGAGCACUUCCAGCCGGAGCGAACAUAUCCGGUCGGCAAAGACGAAAAGACGGGCGAAGUCACCGAUCGCGUCGCAGUAUGGCGUCGACGAAACGUGUCCAAUUCUUGA